GCUAACGUGACGUCACAUCGUCGCCAUUUUAUUAACAAAUUCAGUUAUACGACAUCAGAGCGGGUUUUUAUCGCGUUGUAUCUUUUGUACCGUUCAAAAUUGAUAAGAAAAUGGGAAAGUCGCGCAGUAGAAGUCGAUCAGCGAGCAAAGUAAGCAAAUCCUCAACAAAACAUAGAAGUAAACACAAGAAACGCCGCACCCGCUCGCGUUCAACGUCGAGGGACAAAAAUCACACGCACAGACGCAGUAGACUACGGUCAAAAUCUAGAGACAGAGAAAGGAAGAAAGCAAGACGAAGGUCCGCAUCUUCUAGCAGUUCAAGCAGUGAUGAUGAUCUCAUUAUCAGAGCAAAACGUAGAGAGGAGGAAGAAAAAAAGUUGGAGUUAGAAAGGCAACGACUGCAGCGACAAAAAGAGCUGGAAGAAAAGCUGAUAGAAGAAGAGGUAGCAAGAAGAGUUGAAGAAUUAGUAGCCAAGAGAGUGGCAGAAGAGUUGGAAAAACGCAAAGAUGAAAUAGAGGCCGAAGUAAGACGUCGUGUGGAAGAGGCCAAACAAAUCAUGGAGAAACAAAUGUUACUAGAGCUGGAACAUCAAAGGGCUUCAGAAAUUGAGUCACAAAAAAGGAAAGAGGAUGAAGAGCGACAGAAGCGACUUGAUCUGGAACGAAUCAUGGAGGAAAAUAACCGUAAAAUAGAGCAAGCUCAGCGCAAAUUGGCUGAAGAGCAGUUAAAGCUGGUAGAGGACCAGCGCAAGAUGUUGGAGGAGAAACAGAAACUAGAGGAGGAGGUGAGACAUCAGACCAGGCGGGAACAAGAGGUCAUCCUCAACAAGAAGAACGCACGCCCAAAACUCUCCUUCAGUCUGGGGGGGAAAUGAUCUGGUGGGGCAGUGAUGAAUGGGGAUUUUGUUCCUUCAGCCUGGGGGGGGAAAUGAUCUAUCAAGUGGUGUAGCGAUGUAUGGGGAUUUCAUUCAGUGUGAGAUUUGGACAGCUUUUUGCUGUCUUUAAAGAAAUCAUGAGUCUGGUGAAAGAAAUUUCUGUUACUUGUUAUCGCAUUGGAAAGUACCGGAUGUUGUGCUCUGUGCUAAUGUACAGCCCUUUCAAGCAUUGUGCUUUUGAAGGGCUUUGGAAUGUUUUUGCUUCCAGUAAGUAAAUUGGAUUUUAAAGGCAGUGAAUCCCUACUACGCCAACAGUCACCUACAGGAGUUCCUCGAGACAUUGAGUGGUUUCCAGCUCCAGUAAAGGCGUGUGACCAGUGUGCAUGCCACCAUGAACUCUCCUUUCCUGCUCACCACAAUGCACUGCAUUAGUGAUAGAACAAUUGUUCUUGUCCUCCAUUUAUAACUACCAAGAACUGGGUAUCGCUUUUAUUUGAAGGGGAUAUAUACAAUAUUAAAGGGUGGGCAAUUAUUUUCAAAUAUAAACAAUUUCUUGUUAAGCACCUGGCAAUCUACUGAUGCCGAGAGUUAUUUUAGCUUUUGGCCUGUUCAUCCUACAAAGCUAUGAUACUUGCAUGAUUAAUGUCUCAAACCAUCACCCAGGGUUUUUUUGGCCCGAUUUUAUAGCCGAAAUUCGGCUAUGUUCCAAAUCCCAAUAAGUAUACUUUUUUCCCAAAUUGUGGCAAAAAAUUCCCAAUUUCCAAAAAAAAAAUUAAAAAAAAUGUUUUUUUUAGAAAGAAGACUUAUGCGUAUUUUAUCUCAAUUUCAUUUCAAUUACAUCUAACAAAGUAUUAUAUGAUUUUGUUCUUUUAAUUUGAAUGAUUUUAAAGAGUUAUAUCAAAUUUAGUAUUUCCCUUAUCAGUGGACUUUUCAUGUGGAAAAAAAAGCUAGUGAAUUUAUUUUCCCAAUUUCAUGAAAAUGCCGAUAAAAUUCCCAAUUCCAAAGCCAUGGGCUAUCUUCCCAAAAAGUGGAAAAAAAACCUGCAUCACCUCACCUGACCUCUUUUUGACCUUAACAUUGACAUACUUUAGGGACAUAGAUUUAUUUAGAAAGGCAAAAUUCUGUGUGGACCUAAAAUUGCGAGUUUUGUCUAAAAUCAUCACAACUACAAACUUUGAUAUUUGCAUGCAUGAUGUCUUGGAACACCUGAACUCGUUUUGGUUUACCCAAUAAACUGUUCACUUUACAACAAUCAUGCUAAAUGCUGUGAUACUUAAUUCAACACUCGACUCACACACAUUACCUCCUUUUGGACUUCACAUUGACAUAGUUUUGGACUUUUGAGUUCCUCAAAUGGGCUAAUCAAUUGAUACUGAGUGGCUUAUGUGUUUAUUGAACAAAGCAUCAUGUUAUUUUGCCAAAAAUGGUUAUGAGAGUGAAUUGUUAUUUAUUGUUUAUGUACUGACGUGUCUGAAAAUCCAAUUAAUUUUUUGUGCAUAAUAGUUUUUUGCACUUUCUGUUCACUUAUCAAACCUGAUUUAUUGUAUAUAUUCCCUUCAAAAGCUGCUAGUCGCAUCAAGAAAAAGUCAGUAGGGUUUUGAAAUGGUAUCUUCCUGAGUACUUGUCAUUUAUUAUUUUCAAAGUGAUUCUUUACAUUUCAGCCAAAAACUUGGUUUAAAAUAGCAUUCAAUUUCACUGUACACAUAUUUUCCAAAUUGGCACUGCAUGUCUUUUUUUAUCUGUGGUGCCCAGAAAUUCUUCUAAACUUCUCCAUUGGACAUGAUUUGAGUGAUGCAGAUGUAAAGAAUUCAAUUUGUUCAAAUAUUUAUUCAUUCUGAUGUUCAUUUUCAGGAACACAGUUUUACACUGAUUUAUUUAUUUCUUAUGUAUUAAGUAGCGUUAUUUAUCUUUUUUGGGAUGACAAAUAUAAUGGAAGCUUUGGUAGACUAGGUAGAAGAAAUGGUAAGUAAACAAUACACAAAAACCUGUGAAUCUAACUAAAAUUUCAAAGUCAGAGAAGGAAUUGGUAAAAGUACUGAGCUUAAAUUUGACUGAUGGGUUUUUAAACAUUUAAUAUUGAUAACUUCAUAACAAGCAAGGCAGUUUCAUAAAUUGGUUUUCAGGUAAGUUUAUAGUGCAUGAUUCUGCUUGUACUGUGCAUUUUGGUUAUCCUCAUUUGAUCAGAAUGAUAGAGAAUCUUGGACAUUGAGCUACUCUGUGAAAAACAAUCUUAACCCUUUCAGUGCUGGAACCGAAUUUUGAAGGCCUUUGCAAACAGUUUGGAUCCAGAUAAGACGCCACAGAACGUGGCGUCUCAUCAGGAUCCAAACUGUUUGCUAUUCUGAUAGUAUUCUUUGAAAAAAUCGAAGAAAAUGCUAAUUUUAGAAAUUCAGCAGAUGACAUUUUAGCAGACAACAAAUUUCCCAGCAUGCAAAAGGUUAAUGCACAUAAGCAAAGUAUCAUCCCAGAUUAGCUUGUGUUUUCCUCAAAGGCUUAUCAUGGACAACUCAUUCCAAGUUUCAUGUAGACGAAGUCUCUUCUAAACGAAAAUCCUAUGUAGGUGGAAAGUGCGUCCCUGAUAAGCAUGUGCGGACUCCACAGGCUAAUCUCUGACAACAAUUUUGCACAUGCAAUCAGCCCAUUUUAAGCUCUCCCAGUCUAAACUGGGGAACAUAUUGUUUUGGCCCUGUCUGUUUGUUAGUUUGUUUGCGUCAAACUUUAACAUUUGCCAUAACUUUUGCAAUAUUGGAGGUAGCAACUUGAUAUUUGACAUACAUGUGUAUCUUAUGGAGCUGCACAUUUUGAGUGGUGAAAUGUCAAGGUCAUCCUUCAAGGUCAAAUAUAUGGGGGGGACAUAGUGUUUCACAAACACAUCUUCUUGUAUAUGUGGCUCAUUUGUAUUCUGUCUCUUAUUCCAGGUUAAUCAAUUUUGACAGGUGUCUAUGUGGACUUUAUGUCAUUUAACUUUUAUCCACUGGUUGUUAUCAGAUAAUUAAUUAUACAGAUCUAUAUCUUUUUGUUUUCAUUUCAUGAAUAUGUGAAUAAAAUAUUUUUCAUAAUAUUAAAAUUUUGUGUUGUUUUAAAACUACAGGUGUCGCAAACAUUUUUAAUUUGUUGACAGAUUUUAAUAAGCAAUUCAUGCUGCAAUUCAUUGGAUUUACUUCUUUUUUGAAGGCUUUAUUCUACUCCUUACUGGCAAGAAAAACGUUUUUACACGUUUGUUUAAAAAUUUAAAUAAACCUAUUAAAGUUUGAAAAAAAUUGGCGCUGCUGUGCAACUUUUUGUUUUAACUUCAUUUAUUGUGUUUAUUAAUGUUUCUUAUUUAAUAAUUUGUCGCUUAAAAAAUCCAGGCAAAAUUUUUUAAACAAAAUGUGAACCUUUUUUAACAUAUCAGUAAUAAUAGUUUAAUUAUCUGAUUUCUAUAGACAAUGUGUAUAACAAACAUAUGAUAAAACUAAAACAUCCUGAAUAACUUCAUUGAAAAAGUAUUUAAUGGGAGUUGGAUGUUUUUGUACAAAUUAAUAAUUUGUCUCCAUACUUAUUUAACAUAACAAAUUUUACAAAGUAUAAUUAUUGAUGUGCAGUUAAAAAAAAAUUAUUUUUAAGCAAGUCAAAAAGCAUCCAAAUGUUUUCUUAAUUUAAUAUUGAGUGUGGAUGUAUUGCUUCCAGAUGAUGUAAAUAUUGUAAAGCUUCACAAUAUAAUUAUGUUGUACAUUACCAGGUUCUAUAUAUCAGCUAGGUAUUGUUCUGUGUUUAUCUGUUUGGAAUGUUGAGUACGCUGUUUGUGUCAUAAUCCUUGCAAUAAAGCUGUUCAACCACUUCUGGCAUGAAAAUUGUUAUGAUACAAUCUUGACAGAAAUGGGCAAUGAAAUGCUUUGAUGUACAGUUGUUGUAUAAUAUUUGCAAGUUAUAGCAUUUGUUUUAAGAAUGUUAAAAUGUUAGUCACGGACAUAGUAUUUAUGAUCAUCUGUUAUAAAUUGUUUUGCUGUGAAAAAUUGAUAUGUAAAAUAACUAGAAUGUAAGUAAAUCCUCAAACAACA